UCACACAAAUUGCAGUACAUUAAUUUGUCCUUUGAAAUGGCAAGUGGUGCAAUGAGAGUUGGCAUUCUGUUUUUGCUUUGUUUUCAUGUUCUUGUGGUGAGUACUACUGUUGUUAUUGCUAGGACCAUAAAUGAUGACAAGAAGUUUCCGAUAAUCGGCAAGGGUGGAGGGUUUGGAGGGGGUGGGGGGUUUGGAGUAGGUGGUGGAGGCGGAUUUGGGGGUGGAGGUGGUUUUGGAGGUGGCGGUCUUGGUGAUGGAGUCGGAGGAGGAUAUGGAAAGGGUGGUGGGGUUGGUGGUGGUUUAGGAGGUGGUGGUGGAAUUGGAGGAGGGUUUGGCAAGGGUGGUGGAGUUGGUGGUGGCAUUGGCAAAGGUGGUGGUCUAGGAAGUGGUGGUGGAGUUGGAGGAGGGUUUGGAAAGGGUGGUGGAAUUGGAGGUGGCAUUGGUAAAGGUGGUGGUCUAGGAGGUGGUGUUGGUGGUGGAGUUGGAGGAGGGUUUGGCAAAGGUGGCGGAAUUGGAGGUGGCAUUGGCAAAGGUGGUGGUCUAGGAGGUGGUGGUGGAGUUGGAGGAGGGGUUGGCAAGGGUGGCGGAAUUGGAGGUGGCAUUGGUAAAGGUGGUGGUGUUGGUGGUGGAGUUGGAGGAGGGUUUGGCAAGGGUGGUGGAGUUGGUGGUGGCAUUGGCAAAGGUGGUGGUGGUGGAGUUGGAGGAGGGGUUGGCAAGGGUGGCGGAAUUGGAGGUGGCAUUGGUGGUGGAGUUGGUGGUGGCAUUGGCAAAGGUGGUGGUCUAGGAGGUGGUGGUGGCGUUGGAGGAGGGUUUGGCAAGGGUGGCGGAAUUGGAGGUGGCAUUGGUAAAGGUGGUGGUCUAGGAGGUGGUGGAAUUGGGGGAGGGUUCGGCAAGGGUGGAGGAAUUGGUAAAGGUGGUGGUAUUGGGGGUGGUUUUGGAAAAGGUGGUGGAGUAGGCGGAGGAUAUGGCAAGGGUGGUGGCUUUGGAGGCGGUGUCGGUAAGGGGGGUGGAAUUGGUGGAGGUUUUGGCAAGGGAGGUGGUGUAGGUAGUGGUUUUGGAAAAGGUGGAGGAAUUGGCGGCGGCUUUGGUAAAGGUGGAGGGUUCGGUGGUGGCAUGGGCGGUGGUUCUGGUGGAGGGUUUGGCGGCGGAUUUGGAAAAGGUGGAGGAGUAGGAGGAGGAUUCGGGGGAGGUGGCGGUGGCGGUGGCGGCGGUGGAAUUGGACAUAAUUAAUUUACUCUUCUCAGCAUGGAUUCAAGAUAUUACAAGCAUACCAAUUCAAAAUAUCUAUUAUACCAACCAUUAUUAUCCCUCUUUUAUUUAUUACAAUUAUUUUGUCAUGAAUGAUUUAUAGUUAUAAAGUUGAAAAUUUCUUCAUCCUACAAUUUCAAAGUUGUAAUCUGUCUAGAGGGCAGAAUUCAAAAAUAGUUGAUGUAACAUGUAACGUUCAAAAAUAUCAUAAUCUUAGAAGGAAAAAAGAAAUAAAAAAUUAAGUACAAUUA